UUGCCGCCUCCAUCCUCCCGCUCGCUGCAGCUGGUGAGAAGCUUGCUCCGUGGCCCCGGCACGGCACGGGAGGGAGCCCACAAGUUCCCGGGCGGGCGCGGUGGACCAGAGAGCGCAGCCCCAGGGCACCUGGGAGCACAGGGCGCGGUGGACUGGAGAGCGCAGCCCGGGGGGCGCCCCAGAGGAGGGGGACUCAGGAGAAGGGGGCGCAGCGACCACGAUCCCCGCCCUAGCGCGGCGCUCGGCCCCCUACGGCUCCGCGCACGGCUGCAGCCUGGGCUGGGCACUCGCCCCGCACCCCGAGUCCUGCAACCCUCACAGCGCACCCGGCACCCCUCACUCCGCACCGAGCACGGAGCACCCGCAUCCCCCGGCCGGGCAUGUAGCGGCGGCGGUCGCGGCGGCGGAAUAUGGGCGGGAACCACUCCCACAAGCCCGCCGCCUUUGACGAGAACGAGGAAGGUAUGCAUCGUGCAGAAGCGAGACACGAAGAAGAUGUACGCGAUGAAGUACAUGAACAAGCAGAAAUGCAUCGAGAGGGAUGAGGUGCGCAACGUGUUCCGGGAACUGCAGAUCAUGCAGGGGCUGGAGCACCCCUUCCUGGUCAACCUGUGGUACUCCUUCCAGGACGAGGAGGACAUGUUCAUGGUGGCGGACCUGCUGCUGGGCGGGGACCUGCGCUACCACCUGCAGCGGAAUGCGCGCUUCACGGAGGGCGCGGUGCAGCUGUACGUCUGCGAGCUGGCCCUGGCGCUGGACUACCUGCAGAGGCGCCACAUCAUCCACAGAGACAUCAAGCCAGACAACAUCCUCCUGGACGAGCACGGACAUGUCCACAUCACGGACUUCAACAUCGCCACAGUUGUGAACGGGGCGGAAAAGGCUUCUUCCAUGGCUGGGACCAAGCCCUACAUGGCCCCAGAGGUGUUCCAGGUGUGUGUGGACGGAGGCCCCGGGUACUCGUACCCCGUGGACUGGUGGUCCCUGGGCGUCACGGCCUACGAGCUACUUCGAGGCUGGAGGCCGUACGAGAUCCACUCGGCCACGCCCGUCGACGAGGUCCUGCACAUGUUCAAGGUGGAGCGCGUGCACUACUCCUCCACGUGGGGCCAGGGCAUGGUCGCCCUGCUGAAGAAGCUCCUGACCAAGGACCCCGAGAGCCGCCUAUCCAGCCUCGGCGACGUCCAGAGUGCACCCUACCUGGCCGACGUGAACUGGGACGCGGUGUUCGAGAAGGCGCUGACGCCCAGCUUCGUGCCCCACAAAGGGCGAUUGAACUGCGACCCCACAUUCGAACUGGAGGAAAUGAUUCUCGAGUCCAAGCCACUGCACAAGAAGAAGAAGAGACUGGCAAAGAGCAGGUCCAAAGACGGCGCGCAGGGCAGCUGUCCUCUGAACGGACACCUGCAGCAGGGCCUGGAGACCGUGCGCAAGGAGUUCAUCGUGUUCAACCGAGAGAAAAGCCCUGGAGAACUGUCCCCCAGGACAGUGGUGAGCGCUCCCCAGCGCCAUCUUGCUUCGGAAGUAAAUGGAUUCCACUCUCAUUCUCCCAGGCUGAGGAGGCAGCAGGGGCAGGGCGGCCCGCACCCGGACAACGAGGGCCGCACGGGGAGCCAGGCCCCGGGCGGGCUCCGGGACGGCUGCAACAACACCAUCAUGGGCCCCACCUGCUCCCGGGGCUGCAGCAGCUAAGCCACCACCCGGGGCCGCCCAGGGGGUCUGCACCCAUCUGUGCCAGGACAGUCCCUGCCUCACUCUGGCCACAUCAGAUGCAGACGGAGCCUGGGGCU